AUGACGACCACCAGUGGGUGCAAGAGGAUAUCCUCGGCGGCAGCAACAACUGAAAUGGCCAAGGCGGUCUCAACAACAUCAUCAUCCUCCCAGGGCUCGUCGGUGAUUUGCGAGGAGGUCUUCGACGAGGCGUGUUUCCCAUCAUCAGAGGAAAUAAACGAAUAUGCCUCUUUGAUUGGAAUCGAUCCUCAGCGGGAGCAGCACUUGCUCUAUCUGGCCAAGGAAGGCUUGAUGGCCGCCCUGCCCUCGGAUUGGAAGAUAUGCUUCUCUGAGGAGAAAAAUGGCCACUACUAUCACAAUACGCGAACCAAGGAGUCGCAGUGGGAUCACCCACUGGAUGCGAUUUACCGAGAUCUGGUUAACCAGGCGCGUCAAAAGCUAUUGGAAACCACAGCCUCGGUGGGUGAGAGUGCGCAGUUCGUCGACACCUCGGAUGACCUAUCGCAAUUGGACUCCGGCAUACGCAGUAUGCAGGGCAUCGAUGAGAUUCCCUCUCCGGGCCCAUUGCCCCUGAACAAUCUGGCCCGGAAGUGGUCGAUGGCCAGUAAGGCUGGGUUCCUGGGACCCAGCCUGCUAAGCGGUGGUAAAAGUCGAUUUUUGGACUCAGGUUCCAAGGAUUUUGGACGUUUUUAUCAGCUUGGCUUUGAGGUGACCAAGUCUAAGGCCCAAGUGGCGAGCACUUCUAGCCAAAUUAAUGGGAAACCAGAGAACUCCGAGGAGAACGAAGGAGUUGGUAAAGUGUCUGGAACCGUUUCGAUGUUCCAAAAGGCACGUCGGCAAUUGGAGAGCGAUGGCUACACCUCGCCGUCGGGUGUCAAGGGCAUCCUGCGUGACUCGAGCAUAACCGAUAUAAGUCGAAGAUUGGAUCGCACAGAGCCCACGAGCGAGGUGGAGGACAAGAAGAGCGUGCGCUUUAAUCUGGAUCAGGCGCAGCGAGUGAAGGACUCGCAGGAGGAGACCCGGUCGACAAAGAUAACGCAGACCUACAAGCAGAGUGAGAACUCAGAGGACGACGAUGAGGAUGUGGAGGUGGUAAUCGAAGAUGAUGAUGAUGGGGAUCAGAAUGAGGAUGGUGAUGAAGAUGUGGAUGGGGAAGGUAAGGACGAAGCAGACGAGCUUUGGCACGAGAAGGAGACCAACCUAAUGGAGGGCGUUUACAAUCGGAAUCCCUUCUUAUUGGACUCCAACAAACCAAUAACCAAAUCAACAGAAGUAAUCAAAAUAUCAGGACCAGUUUUGGGAUCCGGCUUAGGAUCUGUAGAAGCAAACGCUGAUAAAACCAAGGGUUGUGAAGCGCCCAAACUAUUUUACGACGACACAGACUCCGACUCGAAGGGCAGUUCUGUGCGCAGCUUUAUCAUCAACAAGUCCGAGCAGGACUCAUCCCUCUUGGCGGGAAACAAUGCCUUCGACCUGGACGCCUUGGGCCGCAAGCACAGCUACGAGCUGGAGCAACUGCAGCUGAAGUCCGGACAACUGUCGGCGGACAAGUCAAUGAACCAGGGUUCCAUCUUCUCCGACAAUGCCACCAGUGAGGCCCAGUUGCAGAAUGAUUUCGAGGCCAUCAGGCGGGAUCAUGAGGCCAAGUUAAAGAGAUACCGUCACGAGUACGAUCUGCGUCUAACCUCGCAUCAGCACAAGCUGGAGGAGGCCUUCGAGCUCCAGAUGGAGAAGUAUCGAGUGCAACUGGAGCGCCAACUGCAGAGCAAGCGGAGUCUUCUGGUGAGUGAGCACAAGACCCGGAUCGACACUCUACAGAGCAACCACGAGGAGAUCCUGCGGGACCUGGAGAGGGAACUCCACAACGAGGAGGAGAUCCUGCGCAGGGAACAGGCCACCCGGCUGGCCCAGGUGCGCGAGAAGUUCGCCCGCGAGUUGGAGACGGAGAAGCAGCGAGGCCGGGAGAAGGGCGAGGAGCGGCUCUACGAGAAGGUGCGCUGCGAGAAGCGCCUGCUGGAGGACAAGUACCGCUGCCUCAAGGAGAAGUAUGUGCGCCUCAAGACGGACGUGAAGCUCUCCCUGGAGCGACGCAAUCGGCGGCGGGAGGCCCAGAUGGGGCCCCAGCAUCAUAACCACACCACUAGCACCAAGUCCACCAGCGGUGCCGAGAUGGAGCGCUCCAUAGAGCGCUACUACAAGCCCCAGGCCCAGUCUGGCAACAGUGAAAACCGCUCGCUGAGCUACUCGGAUCAGGCGAUUGCCGGCGAGGCGGUGGUCAAGCCACCGGUGCCACACAAGGGUCAGCUGGCCAAGGCAUCGUACAACAUCAGGCAGCUGCAGCUGCAGGAUGACAACACCUCUAUCAGUCAAUCGGAUACGACCCUAUCGAAUACCUACAACAAUGGUCGCUAUGGACCCUUUCUCAAGUCGGCCAGUGGCGUUUUAUCGGCCCGAACGGUCAGCGAUAAUGGCAACUCCUCCAGGGAUAUAGUGGCUGGUGCUAUCGCGAAUCUGGAGCGGAACAACAAUAGCAACCAGGGCAAGGAGUCGUCGAGCCUGAACAGGAUUGUCUUUUCGCGCACCAAGUCGGCUUCGACAUCGCGCUUGAAUUCCGACACUAGCUACAAGGGUGAGCGGCCCUGCACUCCGGUGGAGAACCUGCGCCACCAGCUGCAGAAGCUCGAGGCUCUCGAGGAUCAGUUCCCCGAGAACACCCUGGAUGCCCCCUACCAUCUGCGCUAUCCCUUCACCGACAUCUCCAUCAAACCCAAUGGCGUGGGCUCCGAACUGGAGUUUUUCAAGCAUCGCAUACAUCUGGAAAGGGAUUCGGUGCGUCGGGCCAAGGAAUCCCUGAGGACACAGCGCACCAACUUUAGGAUGCGGCAGCGCGAGAUCAGUCAGCAGCGGAAGAUCACCGCCUUGUCGCCGAAGCACUCGAUCGAUCAGCUGAUCCAGGAGGAGAAGGAACUCACCGAGAUGGAGGUGAAUCUGCACCGGACCAGAUCCCUGCUGGGCGAGAAGAUAAUACGACUGAGGCAUCUGGAGCAGAGUCUGCUGAGGAUCUACGAGAAGGAGAAGUCCAUACUGGAUCUGGGCUCCAUGGACGAUGCGGCCACACUGAGCGAUCUGUCGUCGCACUCCAGUUCCGGCUUCAGCAGCACCGAACUGGCCAGUGCCGCCGAUUUCCACAAGAAGAAGGAGUACUAUCAGCAGGAGUCGAACGAGUGUAUCGAGAAUCUGGAGAUACUCAAUGCCGAGAUCCGUGAGAUCCUGGACAUAUUUGGCCAGAAGCAACAGCAGCAACAGCUACAACAGCAGCACGAUCAGUCUGCAUCGGCCAUACCGAUGCUGUCGCCAAGGGAUUUGGGAUGGUCACAGGUGCUGAAGCAUCAGACGCAUUCCGGAGCACAAAACUUCUCCCUUUCCGAUGAUAUCAUCGAGGGCGGCGUCGGCGGCGGGGCGGUGCACAUACCCCAUUCGAUACCCACUCUCGCGGACCGUUUGGAGACCUAUCGCCAGCUGGCCGCCGGUCGGAUGCAGAGUUCCAUGGGCGCGGCCAUCCUCACGGCCAACACUAUAGUCUCGCAGAGUCCCCGGGCCGUCAACUAUACCACUUGCUUGGUGGAGCGCACUCGGGAUCUGAGGAACUGGCUAAGGCAGGCCAAGAACGAGCAUGACUUCCUGGUGCAGCACGGGAUCACGUCGGGACAGGCCUCGGUGGUUGGGGAGGCCAGUGCCUCCAUCACCGGGCAUUGUCCAUCCAUGGGCAACACGACUUCUGACCGAGGAAGCUCGACGCGUGGCAAGAACGAUAUCUAAAUCAAGGAAUGGGUAGUGCAUAUUUUAAUUACAAAAAUAUUCAUAGUUACUAUUUGUGAUCUUAUGUUUGUCUGAGAAAUUCAUUAAAAAUAAGAAAAUA